ACAUUAAACGAAAUUGUUAAUGUUCUUGUUUUUUCUUUCACCUUGCAGUGCUGCCGAUUGCCAACCCAUCAGCUUCCCAGAGUGCUGACAGUGUCAGCAAAGUUAAGCCGCAGCCAUGAGUACCGACGCGGAGAUGGCCGUUUAUGGCCCAGCAGCCGUUUUCCUCAGAAAGCCAGAGAAGGAAAGAAUCGAAGCUCAGAACAAGCCAUUCGACGCCAAAUCGGCCGUCUACGUGACUGAUCCCAAAGAGCUGUACGUCAAGGGCACUCUGCAGAGUAAGGAGGGGGGCAAAGCCACCGUGAAGACCGAGAAGGGAGAGACCGUAACUGUCAAGGAGGAUGACGUAAAUCCCAUGAAUCCUCCCAAAUUCGACAAGAUUGAGGACAUGGCCAUGAUGACCCAUUUGAACGAGCCCGCCGUGCUGUUUAACCUCAAAGAGCGUUACGCAGCCUGGAUGAUCUACACCUAUUCUGGGCUUUUCUGUGUCACCGUGAACCCCUACAAGUGGCUCCCCGUGUACAACCCAGAGGUUGUGGCUGCCUACAGAGGCAAGAAGAGAAUGGAGGCCCCACCACACAUCUUCUCCAUCUCUGACAAUGCCUACCAGAACAUGCUGACAGAUCGUGAGAACCAGUCUAUCCUGAUUACUGGAGAAUCCGGAGCCGGAAAGACUGUGAACACGAAACGUGUCAUCCAGUACUUUGCGACAAUCGCAGUCGUUGGUGACAAGAAGAAGGAGCAGACCGGCGGCCAAAUGAAGGGCACCCUUGAAGAUCAAAUCAUUCAGGCUAACCCUUUGCUGGAGGCUUUUGGGAACGCCAAAACCGUGAGGAAUGACAACUCUUCUCGCUUUGGUAAAUUCAUCAGAAUUCACUUUGGCCAAACUGGAAAGCUGGCCUCCGCUGAUAUUGAAACUUAUCUGCUGGAGAAGUCCAGAGUGACCUUCCAGUUGUCGGCUGAAAGGAGCUACCACAUCUUCUACCAGAUCAUGACCAACCAGAAGCCUGAGCUCAUCGAAACGCUGCUCAUCACCACCAACCCUUACGACUUCCCCAUGGUCAGCCAGGGUGAGAUCACCGUCCCCAGCAUCAAUGACAAUGAGGAGCUGAUUGCCACCGACACUGCCAUUGACAUCCUGGGUUUCACUCCUGAAGAGAAAAUUGGCAUCUACAAGCUGACUGGCGCUGUCAUGCAUCACGGCAACAUGAAGUUCAAGCAGAAACAACGAGAGGAGCAGGCUGAGCCCGAUGGCACUGAAGUUGCUGAUAAAAUCAGCUACCUCAUGGGCCUGAACUCUGCCGACCUGCUCAAAGCCCUCUGCUACCCCAGAGUGAAAGUCGGAAAUGAGUUUGUGACCAAAGGCCAAACUGUCCAGCAGGUUAACAACGCUGUGGGUGCCUUGGCCAAGUCCGUCUAUGAGAAGAUGUUCUUGUGGAUGGUGAUCCGUAUCAACCAGAUGUUGGACACUAAGCAGCCAAGGCAGUACUUUAUUGGUGUCUUGGACAUUGCUGGCUUUGAGAUCUUUGAUUUCAACAGCUUGGAGCAGCUCUGCAUCAACUUCACCAACGAGAAGCUGCAGCAGUUCUUCAACCACCACAUGUUCGUCCUGGAGCAAGAAGAGUACAAGAAGGAGGGCAUCGAGUGGGAGUUCAUUGACUUCGGUAUGGACUUGGCGGCCUGCAUUGAGCUCAUUGAGAAGCCCAUGGGUAUCUUCUCCAUCCUGGAAGAGGAGUGCAUGUUCCCCAAGGCCACAGACACUUCCUUCAAGAACAAGCUGUAUGACCAGCAUCUGGGCAAGUCCAACAACUUCCAGAAGCCCAAGCCCGCCAAAGGCAAGGCUGAGGCCCACUUCUCCCUGGUCCACUAUGCCGGCACUGUGGACUACAACAUCUCUGGCUGGCUGGACAAGAACAAGGACCCCCUGAAUGAAACCGUUGUGGGGCUCUUCCAGAAAGCUUCACUGAAACUGCUGGCUUUCCUGUAUGCGGCCUUUUCCGCUGCUGAAGGAGAGGGCGGUGGCAAGAAGGGCGGUAAGAAGAAGGGUUCUUCUUUCCAGACCGUGUCUGCUCUCUUCAGGGAGAACUUGAACAAGCUGAUGUCCAACUUGAGGAGCACUCACCCACACUUUGUGCGGUGCCUGAUCCCCAAUGAGACUAAGACGCCAGGUGCCAUGGAGAACCACCUGGUCAUCCACCAGCUCAGGUGUAACGGUGUGCUGGAGGGCAUCAGAAUCUGCAGAAAGGGAUUCCCCAGCAGAAUCCUCUACGGUGACUUCAAGCAGAGAUACAAAGUGCUGAAUGCCAGCGCCAUCCCCGAGGGGCAGUUCAUUGACAGCAAGAAGGCUUCAGAGAAGCUCUUGGGCUCCAUUGAUGUUGACCACACUCAGUACAAAUUUGGACACACCAAGGUGUUCUUCAAAGCCGGUCUGCUGGGUACCCUGGAGGAGAUGCGAGAUGAAAAACUGGCCCUUCUGAUCACCCGCACUCAGGCCGUCUGCAGAGGCUACGUCAUGAGGAAGGAGUUUGUGAAGAUGAUGGAGAGGAGAGAAGCAAUUUUCUCCAUCCAGUACAACAUCCGCUCCUUCAUGAAUGUCAAGCACUGGCCAUGGAUGAAGCUCUACUUCAAGAUCAAGCCUCUUCUGAAGAGUGCAGAGUCAGAAAAGGAGAUGGCCAACAUGAAGGAGGAGUUCACCAAAUGCAAGGAAGACCUGGCCAAGGCCGAGGCCAAGAGGAAGGAGCUUGAGGAGAAGAUGGUGUCUCUCCUCCAGGAGAAGAACGACCUGCAGCUACAAGUCCAGUCUGAAAGUGAGGGUCUUGCAGAUGCAGAGGAAAGAUGUGAAGGUCUCAUUAAGAACAAGAUUCAACUGGAGGCCAAGAUGAAGGAGAUCAAUGAAAGGCUGGAGGAUGAGGAGGAAAUGAACGCCGAGCUGACAGCCAAGAAGAGGAAGCUGGAGGAUGAGUGCUCAGAACUCAAGAAGGACAUUGAUGACCUGGAGCUCACCUUGGCCAAAGUGGAGAAGGAGAAACAUGCCACUGAGAACAAGGUGAAGAACCUCACUGAGGAAAUGGCGACUCAGGAUGAGAAUAUCGCCAAGCUGAGCAAGGAAAAGAAAGCCCUCCAAGAGGCUCACCAGCAGACCCUGGAUGACCUGCAGGCUGAGGAGGACAAAGUCAACACCCUGACCAAAGCCAAGACUAAGCUGGAACAACAAGUGGACGAUCUUGAGGGUUCACUGGAGCAGGAGAAGAAACUGCGCAUGGACCUGGAGAGAGCCAAGAGAAAGCUGGAAGGUGACCUGAAGCUGUCCCAGGAAUCGGUCAUGGAUCUGGAGAAUGAUAAACAGCAGUCAGAUGAGAAGCUCAAGAAGAAAGACUUUGAAAUAAGCCAAUACCUCAGCAAGAUUGAGGAUGAGCAAGCUUUGGGCGCCCAACUGCAGAAGAAGAUCAAGGAAUUGCAGGCCCGUAUUGAGGAGCUGGAGGAAGAAAUUGAAGCUGAACGUGCAGCCAGGGCAAAGAUUGAGAAGCAGAGAGCCGACCUGUCCAGGGAGCUGGAGGAGAUCAGCGAGAGGCUAGAGGAAGCCGGUGGUGCCACCUCUGCUCAGAUUGAGAUGAACAAGAAGAGGGAGGCCGAAUUCCAGAAACUUCGCCGUGACCUUGAGGAGUCCACCCUGCAGCAUGAGGCCACCGCCGCCGCCCUGCGCAAGAAGCACGCCGACAGUGUGGCCGAGCUUGGGGAACAGAUUGACAACCUCCAGCGUGUGAAACAGAAGCUGGAGAAGGAGAAGAGCGAAUACAAGAUGGAGAUCGAUGACCUGUCCAGCAACAUGGAAUCGGUGGCAAAGGCAAAGGCAAAUCUGGAGAAGAUGUGCCGCACUCUGGAGGACCAACUUAGUGAAAUCAAGACAAAGAGUGAUGAAGGCAUUCGACAGAUUAACGACCUGAACGCUCACAGAGCCCGACUCCAGACAGAGAACGGUGAACUUUCUCGACAGCUUGAAGAAAAGGAAACUUUGGUGUCCCAGCUUACUCGAGGCAAACAAGCAUUCACACAACAAAUUGAAGAACUGAAGAGACAAAUUGAGGAAGAGACAAAGGCAAAGAACGCUCUGGCUCAUGGCUUACAAUCUGCCCGUCAUGACUGCGACCUCCUCCGUGAACAAUAUGAAGAGGAGCAGGAGGCCAAGGCUGAGCUGCAGCGCUCCAUGUCCAAGGCCAAUAGCGAGGUGGCUCAGUGGAGAACCAAAUACGAGACUGACGCCAUCCAGAGAACAGAGGAGCUGGAGGAAGCCAAGAAGAAGUUGGCCCAGCGCCUUCAAGAAGCUGAGGAGCACAUUGAGGCUGUGAACUCCAAGUGCGCCUCUCUGGAGAAGACCAAACAGAGACUUCAGGGUGAGGUGGAGGACCUGAUGAUUGACGUGGAGAGGGCCAACGCUCAGGCCGCUGCUCUCGACAAGAAGCAGAAGAACUUUGACAAGGUCCUGGCAGAAUGGAAGCAGAAGUUUGAGGAGGGCCAGGCCGAGCUGGAGGCAGCCCAGAAAGAGGCCCGCUCUUUGAGUACCGAGCUCUUCAAGAUGAAGAACUCUUAUGAGGAGGCCCUGGAACACCUGGAGACAAUGAAACGGGAGAACAAGAACCUGCAGCAGGAGAUCUCAGAUCUUACAGAACAGAUAGGUGAAGGUGGAAAGAUGAUCCAUGAGCUGGAGAAGACCAAGAAGCAGGUUGAAACUGAAAAGUGUGAAAUCCAAAGUGCUCUCGAGGAGGCUGAGGCCUCACUGGAGCAUGAGGAGUCCAAGAUCCUCCGCAUCCAGCUUGAGCUGAACCAGGUGAAGUCUGAAGUGGACAGGAAGAUUGCUGAGAAGGACGAGGAGAUGGAACAGAUCAAGAGGAACAGCCAGAGGGCACUUGAGUCUCUGCAGAGCACCCUGGACUCUGAGAUUCGCAGCAGAAAUGACGCCCUGAGGAUCAAGAAGAAGAUGGAGGGUGACCUCAAUGAGAUGGAAAUCCAGCUGAGCCACGCCAACCGCCAAGCUUCUGAGGCCCAGAAGCAGCUCAGGAACGUCCAAGGCCAGCUUAAGGAUGCCCAACUGCACCUGGACGAUGCUGUCAGAGCUUCAGAAGACAUGAAGGAGCAGGUAGCCAUGGUGGAGCGCAGGAAUAACCUGAUGCAGGCUGAGAUUGAGGAGCUGAGAGUUGCUCUGGAACAGACAGAGAGGGGCCGCAAGGUGGCAGAACAGGAGCUCAUCGACGCCAGUGAGCGCGUACAGCUGCUGCACACUCAGAACACCAGUCUUAUCAACACAAAGAAGAAGCUCGAGUCUGACAUCUCCCAGCUGCAAGGAGAGGUGGACGACGCCAUUCAGGAAGCAAGAAAUGCAGAAGAAAAGGCCAAGAAGUCCAUCACUGAUGCUGCCAUGAUGGCAGAGGAGCUGAAGAAGGAGCAAGACACCAGCGCUCACCUGGAGAGGAUGAAGAAGAACCUGGAGCAGACCGUGAAGGACCUGCAGCACCGCCUGGAUGAGGCUGAGCAGCUGGCCAUGAAGGGUGGCAAGAAGCAGCUCCAGAAAUUGGAGGCCAGGGUGAGGGAACUGGAAAAUGAAUUGGAAGGCGAACAGAGACGUGGUAUUGAGGCCAUCAAGGGCGUCAGGAAGUAUGAGAGGAGGGUCAAGGAGCUCAGCUACCAGUCUGAGGAGGACAAGAAAAAUCUGCUCAGGCUUCAGGAUCUGGUUGACAAGCUGCAGCUGAAAGUCAAGGCCUACAAGAGGCAGGCUGAGGAAUCGGAGGAACAGGCAAAUUCCCACAUGUCCAAAUUCAGGAAGGUGCAGCACGAACUGGAGGAAGCAGAGGAGCGGGCGGACAUUGCAGAAUCCCAGGUCAACAAGCUGAGGGCCAAGAGCCGAGACGUUGGCAAGGUCAAAGAAGGUGAAGAGUAAGACAUUAGAGGAUAACUCAACGGAUGGACCACAGAAAAUCAUACAAUAUGAAUUUAAAUGUGAACUCUUCCACCUUUUUAUUUGACAAAUAAAAAGUGUCACUGAAA